UAAAAAAAAAAAAGAUAACCCCUUCGGCUGGGUGUCGAACAGGCAGCGCCGCCGCUCAAGCACCAGCCGGAAUCGACGCCAGAAUGGCUUGGACGGCCGCGGCCUCCCUGUGCUGCCGUCUCGUCCGCGCGGCCCCCGUCCGUCGCCGCGCUCGGCGCCGGACCUUGUGCUCCGCCGCGCGGAGCACCGACGCGGUGGACAGGGAGUACGCGGACCUCAAUCUCCGCCCCCUCUACCCCAAUGUCCGCCCCAACCCCACCUAUCCUAUCCUCCCAGUCUUCAACCUCCGUCUCCUUUUCGAAAUAGCGUACCAGCCUGACCACCCACCCACCAAUUGGUUUUGGUGUAUGCAGCGGGGCCAUCACCUUCGCAUCCGGCAGCACGUGAAUCCGCUCAGCGCCUUGUUCGUCGAGCCCACGGAGCCGCCUGAAUGGACGGAGGUGUUCGAGGAUCCCCUGCUGCCCCUCAUGGUCGACAUCGGCUGCGGGAGUGGGAGAUUCUUGGUUUGGUUAGCAAAGAACUCCGGUGAAAGGCGGAAUUACCUCGGACUGGAAAUCCGGCAGAAGUUGGUCGAGCGGACACAGUUCUGGGUGACAGAAUUGGGGCUUAGAAAUGUUUACUUUAUGUUUGCAAAUGCAACGGUGUCUUUCGAGCAAAUUGUGUCAUCAUACCCUGGUCCCCUAUCACUUGUUUCAAUACUGUGUCCUGAUCCUCACUUUAAGAAAAGGCAUCACAAGCGAAGAGUUCUACAGACACCAUUGGUCGAUUCAAUCACAAAGAACCUUUGUCUGGGUGGGCGGGUGCUUGUACAAUCAGAUGUGCUUGAUGUGGCUACAGACAUGAGAGAAAGGUUUGAUGGAUACUCGGAUGUGUUUGAGCAUGCUGAUCGUAUUGAUAAAGAUCUUCAGUGCGACAAUGAAGGUUGGCUUCUGGACAACCCUAUGGGAAUACGGACGGAGAGGGAAAUCCAUGCUGAGCUCGAAGGAGCGACCAUAUACAGGAGGAUGUACCAAAAGACAAGAUGUUUCUUGCCAGAUUACUCCAUCAGUUAAGUGGAUGCCUGCGUGGCCAAGUAGUGCUGGGCUAAUGGCUGGUCUCUCUCUGCUUGAUUUGCUAACCUUGAGCACUAACUUUCACAUUCCCUGGCAUCUGCCAAAGCAAAUUCUUAGUGAAUGAAUUGGGCCUUGUGUUUGUGAGGGGUUAAACUGGUCAAGGCUUGGCAUCUCUCCAGUGGUUGAUAUUUUUCGAUCUGAGAUCAUCGUUCUGGUUGAGGAAGAAAGAUCACAGUGGAGUUAAUUUCAGUGUUAACCAUUCACGAGGAUGUUUGACAUCUGCAAUUUGUAUCCAGGGCUGCAUUGGUCAUCUUAGUUAUGAUGAAAGACAAGCAAGUUAUGUCGUUGGCAAUCAAGAGCAUUGUCUUUUGCCCUUUUCAAAAAGAAAGAAAGAAAGAAAGAAAGAGAGCAUUGCUGUUGAUCUAUGGCCGAAUGUAAUGAAACUUUGCUCUCAGUGGCCACAAAUGAUGGAUGGGUGAUUUCAUUUCGCACUGGUUCUUGUAAGAGACUGAUACUUUUCUGCUCGCGAAAAAUGUUUACAUCUGCAAAUUCGUAUCAAUCUAAUAUGAAAAUAUACUCCAUGAUUGAUCUA